GUUUUUGCCAAAUUUUGGGCUAAUUUCAACCAUUUUAAAUGGUGCCAACGGUCAAUUUUGUGGUGAAAUUCUGGUUUUUCGACUUAGACCACGAUUUUAUACAAAAAACCCGAUUUUACGCUGAAAUCGUGCGUUUACGGGCAAAAUGCCACAUAACUCAAGUUGUAGAGGAUGAAAUUUCACUCUAGAAAAACGUCUUUUCAAACAAAAAAAAUCAAAUCUGACAAGCAAAACGCACUCCGGUAUUUUAUUUUUUGGUCCUCAGAAUUUCUGAGGCCUUACAAAGCACCGCUAUUAAAGACUCAAUCCUUACCAAAUUGAAUCGAAAAUGGGUAUAAAUGAACUGUAGGUAAGUGCUAAGGAUACACAUGUCAUCAGAACAUCCUCUGUUUUAAAAAAACGUCCCAUUUUUUUACGCAUUUCUCAAAAAAGUAUACGACCCGAAAAGCAGGAUACUGAAAUUAUUGCCUUCGACAUAGUUGGUAAGUUAAGAUACUAAUAGAGGUUCGAGUCAAUUUUCUUCAGAUGAAAAAUCGAACGUUUUAGUAAGAAGGAGAAGAAGUGGACGAAAUGGUGGAGAUGAAAACCGUCUGUCCAAGUCACUAUAACUGCAGCGCAAUCCUUCCGCCGCGGUGCGCCGCGCGAAUGUCUGACCAGUUGCAUACAUGCCUAGUCUCGAGGAGUUUUAAACACACCAGCGGGGCGGGAGAAUAUUUUUCGACUUCAAGGUCAACGAAGAUGAAGCUAUCCCCACCACUUUCCCCGCCAGUCGCCUGAGCGGCCAAUCAACUGUUCUUACGUAUAACGCCUUGAAACCGCAGACGGGUGAACAGCUAGGCACCUUCAGUACCCCUCCGAUAUUUUGUGCCCUCAGUCUUGGUGUCGCUGACGUUCUCUUUCGCGCAAUAGUGUGUGAGUUUCUUUAUUUGAUCGAGAAGUGGCAAUAGAGUGCAAAUUAAGAUGCAGCAAGCAAUUUAAAGAUCAUUACACAGUGAACGUGCAGUUUUAAAUUUAGAUAUCGGAUUGCGGAAUAGUGCGAUUAAAGAUGCGAAUAAAGAAGUAUGCGAAGCUUUUAGAGCCUAAAUCGGAAAUUACUGCCGAAAAGUAUCCGUCUAGAGGGCAAGUGCUCAGUAAUUUACUGUACGAACUUAAUGUUAAAAAACAAUAUCUGUCACAAAGUGUGGAAAAUGUCAUUGACAGAGUGAUACCUUUUUGGGUUAAGGCUCGAAGUCCCACAUUAAGAAAGGACAAGUGCAAAAAAAAAUUGAUACAGCUGUACCAAGAAUACAGGAAUAUUCAACGAAUCGUAAAUAAGAAAAAUGCGUCGAAGUAUGAAGCAGCUUUUACGAACAGUUUACACCAUUUAUUUGAAAUUGACAGUUCUGAUGCUUUAGCGUGUAUGAGCGUAGAGGACAGGCCAUAUUUGCUGUCUGAAAAAGAAAAAGCUAGAAGGGAAAAUCAAAACUCGCAAAAAAAGGAAAAAAAGGUGGAUAAACAAGUGUUACAGGAAGAAUUACCAGGUGAAGGAUAUGCUGAUAGAAGAUAUCUUGCGUCAAAUGAACUUGAAGCUGCACGGAAGCAGAUGAAAAAAAAGAAGCGUACCCUUCGGGAAGAAAGACAAAAGCAAAAAGCCGAAGCAUAUGCUAAGAGACUCUCUGAAAAAAUUAUAUUGUCAGGAUCGUCUUCACAAGAUUCUAAACCGUCAUCUCAAGGAAGUGUUUUUGAGUCUAAGUUACAAUCGCCCAAGAGAAAGCGGUUGCAAAUAUUAGACGAGGAAUUGAGUUCAACUUUAGAUCGCACGAGAACCUCCAAUCGAAACGCCACUUUUCUCAUCGCAAAAACCGCUAAAUCAAUGGGUGUUGAUGUGAAGACUCUAACUGUUAGCGAGGCAUCUGUGAGACGAAGAAGAGCUGAGCUAAGAAAAAAUUCUGCUCAACGAAUUCAAAAGAACUUUAAUCCUGACGUGCCUCUCACAAUACAUGUAGAUGGCAAACUUCUACCUCCAUUGAUGGGUGGUAAGAAAAAGGUUGACCGAUUACCAAUUUUAGUCACAGGUCACAACAUUGAUCAACUUUUAAGUGUACCUGCAUUGCCCUCUGGCAAAGGUAUCUUUAUAGCUGAGGCAAUUUGCCAAACUGUUCGGGAGUGGAAUAUAGAGGAGCAAGUCAAAUCUAUAUGCUUUGAUACCACGUCCUCAAACACUGGAGUUAAAAGUGGUUCUUGUGUCUGUACGGAGCGAAUCUUAGGUAAACGUCUCUUAUAUUGUGCUUGUCGUCAUCAUGUUUCUGAACUCCUUCUCGAUGCUGCAGUCACUUCUCGCAUAGGCAAGAGGAACCAACCUGAAAAUCCUAUUUUUACCAACUUCCGUGACAAGUGGGAGGAUAUCAAUCCAAGCACCUAUACGACGGCCCUAGACGACCCUGACAUUCUUGAAAAUGUGCAGCCUAUCAAGACAGAACUUUUAAACUUCUGUUUCGAGCAACUUUCGAAACAUAAACAUAGAGAAGAUUACAGAGAGCUUCUAGAACUUGUGAUCAUAUUUUGCGGAGCAACACCAGAGAGAGGAGUACGAUUCAGAAGACCUGGAGCAGUAUCAAAUGCCCGCUGGAUGGCGAAGGCUUUAUAUAUUUUAAAAAUGUAUAUGUUUCAGAAACAAUUAACUAUGUCCAAAGAACUGUUAGGUCAUAUUAAAGACAUUUGCACUUUCAUUGUUUGUAUAUACGUAAAGUAUUGGUUCCAAUCGCCGUCGGGGGCAAUGGCGCCAAAAAAUGACUGUGAUUUGUUAUCGAGUCUUUUGGCUUAUGAAAAAAUAAACCUUCCUAUUUCUACAGCUGCUUUAGAAAAGUUACUCAAUCAUCUAUGGUAUCUGUCCGAAGAAUUGGUAGCUUUUGCAUUUUUUGAUGAGCGGGUCCCCUUCAAAACAAAAAUUCGCAUGGUGAAGGCCAUGGAAAAAGAGAGCUCAACAACUAGUCCUCCAAGGAAAGCAUCGCUUGACAUUAACUUAUUGAGAAGGAAGAAAAACAUCUCAUUGGAAAAUUUCGUAACUUCCAACACGCACAAUUUUUUUAAUCUACUGAAUAUCCCUAAGGAUUUCCUCAACUCCCAUCCUUCCGAAUGGAGUCAGCUAGAAAAUUAUAAUGCAGCUUGUAAAAUCGUAAAGAGUAUGAAAGUCGUCAAUGAUGCCGCCGAGAGAUCGGUGGCAUUAAUGACGGCUUUCAACAAUGCAAUAACAUCGAAGGAAGACCAAAAGCAAUUUCUACUCCUUACUGUCACAGAGAAUUUGAAAAAGUAUCCCUCAGCAAGGAAGACAUUUUUGUUGUAGGCACCUCACUCAAAAAUUGUGUCCAAAAAUUUGUUCUGCACUAUUACUUACUGGAUAUCCUUUUUUUCGAACGCAAUAUAUCAUACAUUGAAGUACA